AGCUGCUGGUGGCAUCUUCUGAGCAGGUGCUGGCUUUAGGCACCUGAAAUAAAUGCAGACUCUCUAAUUGGUCACUUUGAUUUAAGCUCAGAGCAAAACGCAGGAGGCUGGGUCUUACAAAGUUCCCUGGCUUUAAGAGGUUCAGUCUGGUUGCUUGGGGGCUGUUGGGUGCUGGAGCCUGGGGAGCAGGAAGAUGAGCCCCCAUAAGGGUGGUUUCUCUCCCAGUUCAGGCAGACAGGAUGGAAAGGGAAAUCCCAACAAACUCCAGCUGGGAGAGCCGUGCCCUCUUCCCAUAGUGCUUGAUACCCAGCCCCACAUCCAUCACCCAUCGCUUUGUUCCCACCCUCCUAAUCUCAGGACCAGAGAGAGCAGAUCCAGACUCCUGUCGGGAUGGAUGCUGCUGCCUUGGAUCUUCAGUGGUAUUGCCCAAAAAUAAUUUUGGAGUCUGCGUGUUGGGAGAUGCACCUCCAAAGGCUUUUUUUUGGGUCGCAAUGAAGGAUUUUCCCAGGGGAUUUGGCCACCUUGAGACCCUCCGUAAGAGCAACGUUUCCUGGGGGCUGGGAGGAAAACACCCCCUCGGGAAAGAGGAGCAAACCCUACAGAACCACAGAGAAAUAUCCGGGUGAAGCACUCGGUCAGAGGCGGUUGCCUCUGGGUACCGCCGGAGCAUCCUUUAACCUGCCAUUAGCACCCCCUGGAUAUUUACAGCAGCUUUGUGAGACAAGGGGAGCUGCGUGGCAAGGCAGAACCCCGAGCCCUGCGGAGCCCCGUCCCCCUCCCCUCCGGCUGCUGAAUUUCGGCGCUGCAGAGCACUGGAAGGCUGCAGGAGGGAUUUCUCUUACCUUCGGGGUCACUGCAAAGCCUUGCAGCCUAAUUUUAACUCUUCGCAUUCUUUCGGAGCCAUCCGAGAGGAUUUUUCUUCUUACAAGGGAGAGGAAGAGGAGCCGCAGCAUCCCUCGCACCAUGCCCAUCGCUCGCCCCACCGGCCGAAUCCCCGACGCCGCCUGGACCUCGGGCUUGAGGGAGAUGACGGAGCCCUGGAAAGGUGCCUUGGGCUGCCUCGGCGUGGCCGUCUUCUUCACCAUGACCAUCGGCAUCAUCUCCUGGCAGGCGCUGGAGCAGUCACCAGAGGAGUGGGUGCUGCGGGGCCAGGCGGGAGGGGUGCUGUGGGAGCGCCGUCGGGGUGCCCUGCUCCUACGGGCACUGCCCGAGGGGCAGCCGGUGGCCGUGAUCACUGUGGGUGGUGUGCCCGCGGCUGAGCCACCCCCGCCACGGGACCGGUGCUGGCAGGACAGAGGCCAGUUCUGCUAUGCAUGGGAGGAGGCAGCUGAGCUCCGGCUCUCCCUCGAGCCCCCGCCGGCCCCCGGCACCGAGUGCUACGGCGUCCGCUGGACCCCGCUGCGCCCCGACGUGAUGCUGAAGGAUUGCUUCUCCAUGGCCAAUGUCUCCUGGUACGGAGGGGCGAGCAUCCGUGCCCAGCGCUGGCCAUUCAACAGUGCUGACAGCCCAGCACAGCUCUUCGUCAGCGGAGAUUUUGGCAAAAACCCCACUGGAUACGGCCCUGUGCUAGAAAGAUACUUCUUAGGAUCAACAGGAGUGACAGUAACGGUGGCACCCGACGUGCCCUUCGUCCUCUCGCUGGAGAGCAACCGGCAUUUCUGCCUGGGUGGUGCCGGGGGCCCCCUGCACUACCUCCUCUGCAUCAGCUCCGAUGUGGCCACCGCACACCGGCACGUGGGCACCCAGCUGGUGGGGCCAGCACGGGUGCUGCCGGACACGGCCCUCCUGGGGUCUCCCAUCUGGCAGUAUUAUGGCCCGGUGGGCUCAGCUGCCAAAAUUAAGCGAGGUUUGAGAUCGUUCGCCAGGAGACUGAAGCGGCACCGGCUUCAGGAGGGGGUCCUGGCCCUGGGGGAGCGCAGCACUGCCACUCUCGCCGCCGCAGAAUACGUGUCCAUGGAGCAGAGGAGGCGGCGCAGUUCGGCCCGUGCCUGGGACCCCGCGCUGAUCAACCCCCUGCGGCUCUCCAUCACGCUGUCCCCCUACACCAGCAUCGCCUCCCCACUCUUCCUGCGCUCGCUGAGGGACAACGAGGCGGGCUACUGGCUGAGCCUGCAGCCCCGCUUCGGGGGCUGCUUGGUCCCGCUGCUGACCACGUGGAAGGGACGGCUCUGCGCCCGCCUGAAUGUCACCAGCGAGGCAGCGCUGAGCUGGUACCUGGCCCGCACCCGGGCCCUGCGGCAGGCACUGGGGGCCGCGUACGUGGUCUUUGAGGGUGCCGAGGGCAAUGCCUUCCUGGAGCAAGCCAUGUCCCCUCCUGCUGAGCUGGCCGGUGACCAAUACGCCGGGGCACUGGCAGCAGCGCUGGCCACGCUGGGGAACGCCACGAUCAUCAGCGCCGGCGCCAGAUCUAGUCAUCUACCGCUCUUUGUCCAGAUGAGCCCACGGCGCUCAGACUGGAGCCACGCGGGCCUGAAGGGGGUUAUCCCCUCUGCGCUGCACUACAGCCUGCUGGGCUACAACUUCUUCAUCCCCGACGCAGUGGGAGGCAGCCUGGCUGGUGAUGCCCCGGGGGACCAGGAGCUGUAUGUGAGGUGGCUGCAGAUCGUGACCUUCCUCCCCGUGAUGGCCUUCAGCACCCCGCCCUGGCUCUGCUGCGACACCUGGGUCCUGAACCUUACCCAGCAGUGCAUACAGAGGCACCGGGACUUGGUGGUGCCACUCAUCAUAAAAUACAGCGAGGAGUGGCUGCGUUUGGGGUACCCCAUCUUCCGCCCGGCGUGGUGGCUCAGCCCAACGGACCCAACUGCUUUCACCAUCGAGGAUGAAUUUCUCAUUGGAGAUGAGGUCUUGGUGGCCCCAGUAACAGAAAAAGGGCAAACGUGGCGAGAUAUCUACCUGCCCGGAGAAGGGCACCAGUGGAUGGAUACCAACACUGCCCGUGUGUUUGAUGGAGGCACCAUCCUCAGGAAUUACUCUGCCAGCCUUGAAGAGGUGCCAGUUUUUGUAAAGACUUCCUAAAUAUGGAUUGUUGUGGCUUUUAGGCAGUUGCCCUCCUUCAGAGCAGCAUUGGCCAAAUGUGGUCACUUUUCCUUAAGAUAAUUUCUUGCACUUUUCUAAGAAUAUGUUUUUUUAUUAUUAUUAUUUCAGCAGAAAUUGUUUAAAUCUUCUAUUAUUUGCUGCUAUUCUAAAAUAGUGACAGUACAGCUUGGGCACAAAUACACAUCCACACCACAUUGACCUCCAUCUUUUUGGGGUUUCUCGGGGAGGUGUUUGCGUGCCCGUGUUGGGUUUUGGUGGGCACAUCCAACACUCCCAGGUCCCUGCCACCCUGGUCAAAGAUGCUGCCUUGGCCGGAGAGUGGAUUUUCGAGAAUCUGAUAUAAACAAACAUCACCUGUCAGGAUUGGAUUUAUGCAUUUAAAGAAUAAGAUGAAUAUACAGGGAAAUGUAAAUACAAUAGCUCUAUACAUGUGCCUGGACAUCACGUGCUAAAUGCUACAUGCUUCUCUCAUCUGAUGCUGCGUCUGGUCCACCAGGAGAGAGGACUCGGGGAAAAUGAAGCACAGGUCUCUGUACAGAGAUUAAAUCACUGCAUAGCCCAGAUGGUGCCAGCAUCUUCCUCCAGAUCUUGCCCAAAGUCAAACUGAAGAUAGUAUCAGUUUUUGCUAUUCUUCACCUAUCGGAAAGUCACCAACUUUUUAGUUAGGUUUAGUGCCUGGCUGAAGAAAAAAGUAAUAAUAACCACCAUGUUCAUGCAUGGUGCAUCUCCAAAAAAAAAUAAAAUAACACCAUGUGCUGUAAAAGUUCUCAAGCAGCCAAUUUCUUUGUGUCUGUUAAUAGGAUAUGCCUCAUUUCUACAGUGAAUUUGCUUUAAAUUGAGUUUCCUGCUCUUUGUUGCUGCUGUGUCAGGGUUUGUGCUGGUGUCACUGGGCAGUUUCUGGAUUAUAAAGGGUAACGUCGCAUCACUGCCAGCUAGAAGAAUAUUGCUAAUGCAGUUUCUAUCUUGUGAGCAUUUGGAUAUUAAAGACUGCAUUUGGAGUCACCGUAAUGUUAAUGAAGUGUUUGUUAAUGUAAACUGGAUUUAAAGAAUUGGCCGUCCUUGUCAUUUGUGUCUCUGGGCGCUGGCUGAUCCGUUCUCUGCCUUGUGUCUUCCUCUUGGCAAUCCAUGUGGAAGAGGCACAAAUGUUUCCCCUUAUUCUUUUUCUAUCUUAAAAUCUUUCUAUAUUUCUAUCUAUCUUAUUCUUUUCACUAUCUUAAGCUAGUGCUCAUGUUUUUCUGAAAGGAAGACUUAGGCAUGUUUGAGAUGUAUGGAAGUGGACUGGACUUCAAUGGAUGCUUAAGAGAUUUCCUGAAAUGGGGGCUCUGUGACUA